GCUCCAGGGCCAUUUAGGAGUGCAAUGGGGGCAGCACCACGGUCAGUUUGUGGGGUGCAGUGGAGGCUGUGAGGGGGUCCAAUGGGGAGGGCACCAGGGCCAGUUUGUGGGGUGCAGUGGGGGCACCACCAGAGUCAAUUUGUGGGUGCAGGGAGGGUCGUGGGUGGCUGGUGCAGAGGGAUUUGGGGGUGCAGUGGAGGGGGGCUGAGGGAUGCAGUGCCUGCUGGCCGCAGAGACUGUAGCCCCCCCACCCCCAGCACUGGUGGGUACCCAGGAGGCCUCUGCCCCCUGCUCUCCCCAGGUCUGACCUGCGCCAGAUGUUGGCGACCAAGAGUGUGGAGAACAUCCAGUUCCUGCCCUUCCUCACCACCGACGCCAACAACGUGGGCUGGCUGGGCUAUGGCUGCCUGAAGGGGGACGGGACGCUCAUCACCGUCAACGCCAUCGGGGCGGCCCUGCAGACCCUCUACAUCCUGGUGUAUCUCUACUACAGCCCUGCCAAGCGCCCCGUGCUGCUGCAGAUCCUGCUGCUCCUGGCCGUGGUGGUCACCGGCUGCGGCUACUUUGCCCUCCUGGUGGACACGGGGACGCGCCUGGGGCGCCUGGGGCUCUUCUGCAGCGUCUUCACCAUCACCAUGUACCUCUCACCGCUGGCUGACCUGGCCAAGGUUGUCCGGAGCAAGUCGACGCGGUGCUUGUCCUUCCCCUUGACCGUGACCACCUUCGUGGCCUCCAGCAGCUGGACACUCUAUGGCCUGCAGAUGCAUGACCCCUACAUCACGGUCCCCAACGUGCCGGGAGUCGUCACCAGCCUCGUGCGGUUCUGGCUGUUCCGGUGGUACCGGACGGGGCAGGACAGGUCUUACAGCCCCCUGCCCGCCUGAGGGGCCCCCCGAGGAGCCCCCCAACUCCAGCCUGGGCUGGCCCUGCCGCCACAGCCCUGGGUGCCACCACUGUCCCCUCCCAAAGGGACACCAGGAGGCACCUCCUGCCUCGGUGCAACCCAGCCCCGCAUCCUUCAGCGAUGCCUUCGGGGUGCCAGGAGCACCCCCAAAUCCCAGGGUGGGAAGAUGGUCUUCCAUGCCCACGGCUCUGCCUGGCGCCGGGCUGGGGCUGCCAGGGGCCUGGGCAUCUUUUUUUUUUGUACGGAUUCAAGUGCCUUUUAAUAAAUCAGAGACUUCCCAGCGCCUGGUCUUUGUCC